AUGUCCAAGUAUCAACCAGCGGCAGGCAAUAUGUUUGACGGUUCGGCAGGGAAGGAGAGCUCCGUCAUGCUUCAGUACCCGAUGCUGACGAAGAGCAACUUCUCAGCAUGGAGCAUCAAGAUGGAGGCAUUCAUGGAUGCACAGGGCCUUUGGGAUGCUACAGAGCCCGUUGAUUUGAAAGGAGCUGUUGAUCAACGGAAGGACAAGAUGGCUAGGGCUGUCAUCUUUCAAGCUAUCCCUGAAGACACCCUUUUUCUUGUUGCAGAGAAGAAGACUGCAAAAGAAGUUUGGGAGGCCCUUAAAACCAUGUUCCUUGGAGCUGACCACAUCAAGCAAGCUCGAAUUCAGACGCUGAAAGAUGAACUAGAAGCGCUGUGUAUGAAGAGUUCAGAUAACGUGGAUGAAUUUGCUGGGAAGAUGUGUACUCUGGCAACAAGAAUCAGAGAGUUGGGUGAAGCAAUGAAGGAUGAUUAUGUGGUGACAAGGAUGCUACGUUCACUACCAAAUAAAUUUCUCCCCAUCGUGACUACAAUCGAGCAAUUCGCUGAUCUGAAGGUCAUGUCGGUGGAAGAAUUAAUUGGUCGUGUCCGCACGUAUGAGGAGCGCUUGUGGAAUGGCGAUGAUGGGGAUGAUGAACACCUUUUGCUCACCAAGGCUGAGUGGCAGUCUCGGAUGAAGAAAGGUGGUGGUGAUUCUUCUUUUGGUUCAAAGUCGCGUGAAGGCUUUAGUAGCCGUGGUCGCAGCAACUAUCGUGGCAGAGGUCGCGGGCGUGGCCAAGGAGGUCAUGGAACCAGCAUUACACUAAACCAAGAAAGUAACACCUCGCAUGGAUUUGGUGUUAACAGAGAUAGAAGCAAGGAUCAUUGUUAUAACUGCGGAAAAUUGGGGCACCAUGCUAAAGAUUGCCGCAGUAAGCGUCGCUACGAGGAGUCUAAUCUCAUGCAUGCCCAAGAGGAUGAACCAGCAUUGCUGUUGUUUGUGUACGAGGUGCAAGCACCAAAGAUGGUAAUGUUAAAUGAGGAAAAGUUGGUUCCAAAGCUCCACACUGAAGAAGAAGAUGUUCAGAUUUAG